AUGGCGCUCGCUGGACAGGGAGACCCUCGCUGGAUUGUGCAAGAUCUUGGGAAGCAGGGUAAAAAUGUCGGCAACUGGCACUGGACUGAGCGAGAUAUCAGUGUUUGGGCGAUGGAGCGACUGCGUUCUCUGCUUCAGGAGGAUCCGAUCGGUGAACUGCGACUCGCAGACGACACUGUUCAGGUGCAAGUCACGGGCUCUCCAAGCGUGCACGGGGACUGUGCCCUUUACAACCGCAAGGGCAAACUGCGAAGCGUGUAUGACUUGAAAGUUCAGGCGGACUGGGAGGCACGAUCUCUGGCGACGAACGCAGUUUGCGGGAAAGGCACGAUCGAGGCGGAGCUCUUCGACACCGACCCUGACGUCACGAUAACCCCAACAGGUACGUGGGAACACAGCGCUCAACUGGUUUCAUUUUUAACGCUCGACGGGAAGUCUUGGUUGCACCGGGUUCUCGAGCGCUUCCAGGCUGAGGCGCUGCAACUAGGGACCGGAGACACCGGGUCGACAGUUGCUGGCCAGUCGCAGGCAGCUGAGGCGGUGAAAAAUGCAAACAAAGACCACGCAGGGAAUACCGCUGCGACGUCGGGUGUGCAGCAGCCGGAGCAAAGCACGCAAUCCACGUGGACAAGCCUUCACAUGGAGGAACGCUUUAGGGCACCGCCCAGCGUGGUCUUUCGAGCACUCACCGCUGUGGAGGAGCUGCAGCGAAUCACGCAAGCGCCUGCAACCAGCGAUACGACAAGCUCAAACGGAACAUUCUCUCUUUACGCCGGUCAGGUUCAUGGUAGCUAUACGAAAUUGCAGGAGCCAGAGCUUAUCGAGCAACGAUGGCGUAUGGCCGACUGGGUGCCUCGCGAUCACUACUCUCGGGUGCAAAUGCGUCUCAAAGCCGUCUCCGACGAUGAGACGCUCCUUGUCUUGCAACAAGAUCAGAUACCCGAGGAAUAUCUCGAACGGACCCAAGUUGGCUGGAGAGAACGUAUCUUUGCGCAGCUGCGCCUGAUGUACAAUCUCGGUAGUGCCUAUGUGUAG